GUACAGCCCUGCUGUGUUGACUCAGUGAGCUACCUGAACUCAAUCACAAUCAAAAGAGCAGAAUUCAAAAUGCUGUCAAGUCAGUGGUCAGUGGUUUUCAAAUGGUCAUUUAUAGGAUUUAGUUGUUUUGUUCUGCUAACAACAGAGACCUCAGGAGCAAGUCAGUCUAAUGACCCUGUUGAUGCACGGCUGGUUGAAGGAGGCAGCCGCUGCUCCGGCAGGCUGGAAAUGAAGCACCAGGGGAAGUGGAGAACACUGAAUGUGAAGAUAACAUGGGGUGAAGCCACAGUGAAAGUCGAUUAUGCACAAGUAGCAUGCAGGCAGAUGGAUUGUGGCACUGUAAUCUCUAUAAAACACCACAGCAACAACACUGUCCAUCGACCGGCCUGGGAGGUCAAUGUUCUGUGCGAUGGCACUGAGCACACCCUGAAGGAGUGCAAAGACUUGUCAUCACGCAGAAGAGUGCAGGGGAAAAACCUGACGACCUCCAGCACGGAGGUGGUCUGCUCAGAGUCUGUGAGGUUUGGGAAUGGAAAUGAUAUUUGCUCCGGCAGAGUGAACAUAAAGUCUGAUAACGGUUGGGCCCCAGUGUGUGAGGAGGGUUUUGACUCCGAGGCUCGAAAGGUGGUCUGCAGAGAGUUUGGCUGCGGGCCUCCAAUGGUCUCUAGGGAUUCAUCUACAGCUGAAGAAACCCUGGCCUCAUCGCAAAAGCUUAAGUGUAAUGGCAACGAGUCUCGUCUCCAGGACUGCGCCAGCUCAACCCACACCUGCAAAAAAGCUCGUUCCUUUACAUGCGAGGGUUCUUAUGACGUGAGACUGGUCGGAGGAGAGAACAGCUGUGAAGGCACACUGGAAGGAAAGCAUGAAGGUGAAUGGAGGCCCCUGGUGCAUGGUUGGGAUUCAUGGAAACCACAAUACUCCAAGGAGGUUUGUGAGAAACUAGGCUGUGGAUCUGUAAUCUCGACAUCGUAUCGUUAUCUCCAAAAAAGGCAGGAUGUGUGGGAGCUGUCAUACAGAUGUAGGGACAGUCGUACUGAUUCCUCAUUUUGUAAGUCCUGGGUUGCAGGAAGUUCGACCACAAUAAAGACUGUGACAUGUGCAGAAAAUGUGAGACUUGUGGGAAGGCCUGACAGAUGCUCAGGCAGGUUGGAAGUCAAGUCUGGUCCAUCAUGGGCACCAGUGUGUUUGGGACCCUUCACCAAAGAGAAUGCACAAGUUACCUGUGCUGAACUUGGCUGUGGGUUUGGAGAUGAGUAUCAUGGAAAGUCUCUUAUAAACACUGCACAGGACACAAGUCUGGUCUUCAAAUGUGGAGGCAACGAGAAGCAUCUUUUAGACUGUCCCACAGACACACUCAAUGCCUCACAUGAGGACUGUGGACCGUUUACAACUGAGGUUAUAUGCACAGAACGUCCAAAGGAGCCUUCUAUCAACAUAAUCACAAUGAAUACAGGGAACUAUGAUACUAACUACAAACCUGAUGUUUUUAAGGGUCAUCGCUUUGCCAUAUCUUGUUCCCCUCAUUCACUUUACAAACCAUUCUCCAUCCGCCUCAGAUAUGAGGUUGACGGUGACAAAGCUGCUGAGUGGAUCCAGACAGCUGUUGAAGAUGCCAUAUUCCUCUUCCCUGCUCCAGAGGAUGCACACCAAGGGUUCUACGAAUGCGAUUACAACUAUGAAUUCAAGCCAGAGGUUUUCUCCAAACCGCAGACACUCUAUCUCACUAUGAAAGAGCGCCAUGAUGUGAGGUUGGUGGAUGGACACAGCCGCUGUGCUGGCAGGCUGGAGGUAGAGCAUCAGAAAAAGUGGAGAUCAGUGAGUUACCAGCACUCCUGGAGUCUGAAGGAAGCAGCUGUGGUGUGCAGGCAGCUCGGAUGCGGCACGGCUUUUUCAACCAGCAAAGUCGACAACUCACCCGAACUUCUGACUAAGUGGCGCUUCCAGUCGAAUUGUGACGGCUCUGAGCGUGCUCUGAUGGACUGUGGGGUGGUGAAGAAUUGGCCUUCUUCUUCGACAGUUGAAGUGGUCUGUACAGACAUUCUGCAUCAGCCGAGUAUAGCUAUCAUCUCUGGGCCGUCUUUUACUGAGGAUGCAGUGCAGAGGAUGAUCAUGGGCCACAUCAUCAUCAUCAAUUGCUCUGUGGAGGCACAAUACCCCGGAGGUCACUUCAGCCUUAAAAUCAACAAUGUCAACCAAACCCACAGCCUGACCCAGCCAGCUGUCAAUCACUCUGCCGUCUUCACAUUUACUGUGACUGAAGGGAACUACAGCUGUGUUUAUCACAACUUUCUUUUAAAUCAUAACUUCUCCUCUGAGAGCCUGAGCCUCCCUAUCAAAGUCACAGACUAUACAAAUCUCAUGUUGGACGACGGUGGAGAUGAGGACAGCAGCUGCUCUGGAAUGGUUAUGGUGAAUUUAGAGCUUGGGACAAUACUGUUGAGUGCAGAGUCUACAGUGUGGGACCUGAAGCACGCCUCUGUGGUGUGUAGACAGCUGGGCUGUGGUGAUGCCAUCUCAACCAACACUGUCACUCUUCCCACAAAGGAGAAAAUGGCACUUUUUUACUCUGACUGUGAUGGAUCUGAGUCUGCGCUGCUGGACUGUGGAACUACAGUGGAAUGGUUUUCCUCCUCAUAUGUCCAGGUGAACUGCACAGGCCAGCAGGGGGCACCAGGCAUGAAAUAGGAGUGUGAAGCUGUGAUAUUUGAAACCUGGAUGUUCUUCUAAGAUGCAGUAAGACUUCUGUAAUCUACAUUAUAGUAGUGUUUCAUUAUCAGAGUGGAUUGAAGUGAUUAACUCCAGAUGCUGAAAAGAUGGAAUAAGAGUCUCAGUUGUAUUCCUCUUGUUUUAUUCAGGAAUGUGAAGCUUUUGUUCCAGUUUUUUCAGAUUUUUGGUGUAUCAUUUCUUGUUGUGUAUUCAGUUGUCUCCUUGUUUAUAAAAUGUGCUGAUCAAAUAAAAGGUAUCUUGUGUU